AUGCUCAUCACAGUUCAAUCCGCUCCGAAUUUCAAUAAAUUGAGUUGGGCAGAGAACGAGAAGCGUCUUAAGGUGUGUGGAAAAAGAAAUCGAAUUAAUCCUGAUGAAAAGUGGUUUGGCGCUUUAGCUCCAAACGGUAAAUAUUCAUUCGAUAGUCUUGGUGUCCUCAUCUCCACUCGCCACGUGAUCUUCUCUUAUAGACAGUUCGAUAAAAUUGUCGAUAUAACCACAGAAUGUCCAAAUUACAACGCCCCUUAA